GACACGACACGACACGACACGACACGACACGACCCCCACCACACACACACACAUAGCUACACACACAUAGCUACACUUUGAAAACAUGUCCAAGUACCGGCGGAAUGCAUGCCCUGUGUCGUGCGUGAAGCACCUUUUCGUGUUUAUCAACCUCAUCUUCCUCAUUGUGGGCUUGGCCGUCAUUGGCGCCGGCGUCCACUUGUCGAAAAAGGGUUCUGCCGUACCGAAGAACCAUUCUGGACCCAAUGUGUACGAUUACUCCAAGCACAUUGCCACAGCAUUGUACAUCAUUGGCUCGCUCAUUUCGCUCGUCUCCUUCCUUGGUUGCUGUGGUGCUUGGAAGCGGAUCAAGGCUCUGCUCUGCUGCUACUGGAUGCUGGUCUUUCUUCUCAUCGCCGCUCAAGUCGCCAUCGGCGUCGUCGUCUAUCACGCUGCAAAGGACAACAAGCUUGAUGAUCAUCUGGCAGAUUCGUGGUCUUCCUCGGACAACGCGUGGAAGAACAGCGUGCAGGAAAACUUCCACUGCUGUGGCUACAACUCGCCCACCGACGAUCCCGGAUCGGUCUGUCCGGGCUCCACCGCCGACGAUCCCAACGCAGGAUGCCGCGCUGUGCUCAAGGACGAUCUUCAGAAGGCCCUGCAUGUCAUCGUCAUCGUGGCACUUGUCCUUGCUGCUCUGGAGCUCUUUGGCCUCCUCGCCUCCAUGAUCCUCAUGUGCUGCCUCAACACCGAGCUGAAGGACCCGGCUGGCGUCGGCCUCCUCAACUCGCGCCAGCCGCAGCCGGCCUACCGCCCCACCUACUCGACCCGCACCUACCAGUGAGUGUCGCUUUCCAUGAUC